AUGAGUGGGAAAGUAUAUGUGAGCAUCGGUCCAGUAGUUAUGCACAAAUCCACAUCUAACACUGUGGAAAUCAGAGUAACCCGUAAAAACGUGGUCGGAUCAACCACUCCUCCUCCUCCGUUCCCAACACCUCACCUCCUUUUGAACAAAAUACUUAGCUUUGAUGAAUACAACAUGUAUCCUCUUCUUUAUCCAGCCCUCCCAGAUCCUUACUUAUGCAAUAUUCUCUCCUACAUUAUCGCUUCCGAGGCCAAGCGAGUUCCAGGACCAUUGUAUAUCUCCCUUAACGUCACAUUAUCUCCACCAAUAUUCGAGUUACCAGAGAUGGAAACAUGCCCUAUUUGCUUGGAAGAGGGACGAGACUUAAUCUUCACGCAAAAAUGUGGCCAUGUGUUUCAUGAUUAUUGUAUCAACGAGUGGUUACUUUCGAGUAAGUAUUGCCCUCUCUGCCGUGCUGAUCUUUUGAAAGACGAGUGA